AACUCAUGACCGCCGCCAAACGUCCCAAACCCACCAUUCCCCCACCCAAACCUCCCUCCCACACCACCCACAGCCGCGACCCCCGCAACAACCUCCUCCCAUACAUCCUCCACCCAGAAACCCACCUAGAAGUAAUCGAAUACGACGCCGACUUCGUCGUCAUCCGCGACCGCUACCCCAAAUCCACCAUCCACCUCCUCAUCCUCCCGCGGGAUCCUGCCCUCUACACCCAACACCCCCUCCACGCCCUCUCCUCCAACCCAGACUUCCUCGAAAAGGCAAAACAGCGCGUCGCCCACGUCAAGAAGAUCGCAGCCAGCGAACUGCGCCGGCAAUUCGGCCUCGUCAGCAAGUCAGACGCCCCGUACCAGAAAGCGCUCGAGUCCCUCAUGUCGUCGCCGGACCCGCCCUCUCCCUCUUCUCGCGCGAAGCUCUUGCCUCAGGGCCGCGAUUGGGAGAAGGAGAUCAUAUCGGGCGUGCACACGCAUCCCUCCAUGAAUCACUUACACAUUCAUGUUCUGUCGCGGGACAUGCACUCUCUGUGUAUGAAGCAUAAGAAGCAUUAUCUCAGUUUCACCACGUCGUUCAUGGUGGGGCUGGAUGAGUUUCCGCUCGAGGAGGGAAGUCCGAGGUUUCACCCUGGCGAUUGGCCGUCGUGGGAUAUGUUAUGUUGGCGGUGCGGGCGCAACUUCAAGAACCAGUUUGCGAGGUUAAAGGAGCAUCUGGAGGAGGAGUUUGAGGAGUGGAAAAGGGAGUAGAGGCCGAGGAAAUGAGGUCGUGGCGAAUACUCCGUGGCGAGUACUCCGUGGCGAGUAGUUCGUUGGGGGAGGCGUCCAGAUCGAGGGUGAGUUGUCGGCAGGAGCUGCGAAGCAGAUGACGAAGACGGAGACAAGGCAUCAGAGGCGGCACAGCCUGCACUCGGAUGCCGCGCAUCCGUCGUCGUGACUAGUUUGUGGCUGCUGUUAUGUUGGCGAAACCUUGGGAAAAGGAUCUGUGGCACCGCGGCUUCCUCUGCAACGUAGAUGCUGAUGCCCUCGUAUAAUGCUUCAUGGCGUCAUCUAUACAUCUAGUUGACCAAAUCCCAUGACCGACGAGUUGACGCUCGUUCAUAUCCAUUCGAUUUCCGAGUGUACUAUACAAAAGGUGCCAAAGCCACUCCUCUAUCCUAACAGAGUACAUG